AUGUCCUCAGUGAUUCAAGCAUCGUCGGUGCCUCAGAAGGCCCUCAUCAUGAGCACUGGUUUUACACAGAACAAGAGCUUGGGGAAGGAAGGAAAGGAACCAAUUCCUCAAGAGCAAGAAAGUGAGCCUUUUCAUUUCCAAGGUACAGCUUAA